GGAGUUUGAUAGGCUUUAAAUUCGGCGGAGGACAAGCUACCAGGCUGCUGUAAUGGGCUUAUCACAUUUUCUGCAUUUCUUGAAUCUUUGUGUUGUUUUUGUUGUUGUUGUUAUUUGUAGCCUAAACCCUAUCAAAGCGAUAGAGAAAGAGACAUAGAAAGAGAGACAGAGAGGAAUCUUUAUACUCUCAGAACUUAUUGCCGCCAAGAUCGCUGCCCUCCUUCCUACCUCAUAUCUUAUAUAUAUUCAUAGAUUUUGUCGGUUUUGGUUUGUGAAAUUAUUUCAAAACUAAAACACUCCCUCAUUUAUACAUUUAUAUAGAGAUAGAGAGAGUGAGAGAGGUCGGCAUCUUGUAGAGUUAUUGCAUGAUGAUGAUGGAUUUUGGACGGUGGAGAUUACUUGGUGCUGUUAUUGCUGGAAUUCUCUUCCUCCAUUACUCUAGCUUCUGUUCUGCAGCACAAGCUCCAACCUACACCUUCAUGCAUCAAGCAACCACAGCUCCUUCAAAAUCAUUCUACGACUACAUCAUAAUCGGCGGCGGCACCGCCGGCUGCCCAUUAGGCGCCACACUCUCCCAAAACUCGACCGUCCUGGUCCUCGAACGCGGCGACUCUCCCUACGGCGACCCCAAUAUCACCAACCUCUCAGCAUUCGGCAAUUCCCUCUCCGACCUCUCUCCCACCUCCCCAUCCCAGCGCUUCAUUUCCGAAGACGGCGUAAUCAACGCCCGAGGCAGAGUCCUGGGCGGAGGCAGCUGCCUGAAUGCAGGCUUCUACACACGCGCCGCCACGGAGUACGUGAGGGCGGCGGGGUGGGACGAGAGGUUGGUGAAGGAGUCGUACGAGUGGGUGGAGAAGGUGGUGGCGUAUGAGCCGCCGGUGAGGGAGUGGCAGUCGGCGGUGAGAGCUGGACUUGUGGAAAGUGGGGUUGUACCGUACAAUGGAUUUACGUAUGAUCAUUUGUAUGGGACUAAGGUUGGUGGGACUAUAUUUGACAAGGAAGGGAGGCGACACACCUCGGCUGAUUUGUUGGAGAAUGCCAAUCCUGAUGGCCUCAUUGUUCUUCUUCGUGCUACUGUUCAUAAGAUAUUGUUUCGAACUAGAGGGAAAUCAAGGCCAGUAGCUCACGGAGUGACCUUCCGAGACGCAUCAGGGGUAAAACACAAAGCAUACUUAAAGAGAGGAUCCAAGAAUGAGAUAAUUGUAACAGCAGGUGCACUGGGAACCCCACAACUUAUGAUGCUGAGUGGAGUGGGCCCAGCAGAUCACCUCAAGGCCCAUAACAUAUCUGUGGUGCUGGACCAGCCCAUGGUGGGCCAGGGCAUGUCUGAUAACCCAAUGAAUGCCAUAUUCAUACCCUCUCCCAUUCCUGUGGAGAUAUCACUGAUACAAGUGGUGGGGAUCACUCACCUUGGAACCUACAUUGAGGCUGCUAGUGGCGAAAACUUUGGGGGUCAAGGUCCCCCUCCUCCUCCUAGAGACUAUGGGAUGUUCUCUCCUAAGAUAGGCCAACUCUCAACAGUGCCACCCAAACAAAGAACACAAGCAGCCAUAGACAAAGCUGUGGAAACCAUGAGCACUCUCAACCAAGCAGCUUUCCAAGGGGGAUUCAUACUAGAAAAAGUCAUGGGACCCCUCUCCACCGGCCACCUCGAGCUCCGAACUCGCAACCCCAAAGAUAACCCAUCGGUCACUUUCAACUACUUCAAAGAGCCCGAGGACCUGCGCAGAUGCGUAGAGGGGAUCAGAACCAUCGAGAGGAUCAUCGAAUCAAAGUCAUUCUCGAAAUUCAGAUACGAAAACAUUCCGGUGCAAGCUCUCCUGAACAUGACACUGAGCUUUCCGGUGAACUUGUUGCCGAAGCACAGUAAUGCAUCGAUGUCGCUGGAACAGUUUUGCAAGGACACAGUGAUGACAAUAUGGCAUUAUCAUGGAGGUUGUCAAGUGGGGAUGGUGGUGGAUCGUGAUUAUAAGGUUCUUGGUGUGGAUGCACUGCGAGUUAUUGAUGGUUCUACUUUUAAUAACUCUCCUGGCACUAAUCCUCAAGCUACUGUCAUGAUGCUUGGCAGGUACAUGGGAGUUAGGAUACUAAGUGAGAGGCUUGCAAGUGAGGAAUCAAAGUGAUAUAUCUCACUGUGGCUUUCUAUUUUAUUGUUCAUGUCAUAUAUUAGGUGGAUUUCAAGUGACAAAUUAUUUGGGGUGAGAAUACUAUGUGGGUGUGGAUCGCAUUAUUUUCACCAAUUAUACUAUUUUUGAAGCAUAUCACUUGAUAUGCUCAUAAAAUAUGGAAUAAAAUAUGGAAUAACUGCUCGUUUCUAGUAAUUGAAAGUCUAGGGUUUAUUUUGUUUGAAA